CUGGUUGAGGCGGCUGAGGCCAAGGCCUACUACGGCCUGGCCACCAACUAUGGCGCCCUGACGGCGCUGGCGCAGGCGCUGGUGGAGCGGGAGAGCCUGACUGGGGAGGAGCUGCGGGGGGUGCUGGAGGCGGCAGGCGUCAAGCGCUUUGGCGACCCGCAUGUGGAGGGCUACGGCUGGGCGGCAGACGGCGGCUUGGACUGGCCGGGCAAGCCGGCCGAGACGGUACAGGAGGUAUCCCGCCAGGUGGCAGAGUACAUGACCAAGAACGGCUACGGCGCCGAUGCCAACGGUACCGCGGGCAACGGCGCCGGUACCGGCCAGGCGCCCACCUGGUGGGCCCCCAACAGCCCCUACACCAUCCGCACCGACGUGGCAGACCUGCUGCAGGAGAACGGCGGCGGCGGCGGCGGUACCGGCCCGGACGGCGGCGCCAACGGCGGCGGCGGUGCCAACGGCGGCGCGCAGUAG